UUGUGGUUUCAGGGGGUCGUGUAUUAUCGCAAGCGCAAUUCCUCUGGCGCUUUCACGGCUCUGAACUUCGAUAAUCCAAUCUAUCGUCGAACCACGGAACCUGACAUGGACGAUCCAUUUCGGGACCCGUUCAGCGAAAACAGUGGUGUUCAAAUAGGAUCUGGUAACGCUCGUUUGGUAUUAGCCGAUCCCGAAGAGAACGUUCACAAUUCCAUGAUUGAGCCAAUGGAUCGCCCGUUAACUACAUAA